AUGUUGCACAUCAGUACUGGACAUCACAAGGACGAGAUCAUCCGCUUGUUCAGGGCCAAGGGCAUGUCCUGGCGUAAGGUGGCCGAGAAGCUGGAGCCGCAGUAUUCGACAACCCACGACUUCCUCAACAAAGUGGGCCAUCACGUGACCUUCACUCACUGGCAGAAUCCCCAACUCCAAGAGGACACCGAAGGCGCAGCCUCCUCCAUUUCCAGUGCUCGAUCUGUCUCCAAUCUGAUUUUGCUUUCCCUUCCUUUAUCGCACGACCACACCCUCUCAACCGCCACCAUGAAUUUCAUGAAUCCUCAAGUCACCAACUUGGUGAUCAUCCUUGGGAUGAUGCAAGUGUCGAAGCGCAUACCGUUCGAUGAUCCUCAGGUUCUCACCGGCGUCCGCAUUCUCUAUGUUGUGUCGAAUCUGCUCAUCUUCGGGCUUUACUACUACAUCGGCAUGAAGAUCAAAGCGAAGAGAGAUUUGACCACACUGAAAUAUGUCGAACCUGCGCCGGUGGGCUCUGGCGAAGAACCCAAGCUCGUCACCACCACGAUUCAAGAGUACGACCAGAACCAACUCACGGCAGCCUACAAAGCCCAGCUGAUGGGCGUCGGAAUGAUGGCUUUCAUGCAUAUCUAUCUGAAGUACACGAAUCCGCUCCUGAUCCAGUCCAUAAUUCCCGUCAAGGGUGCUUUCGAGAGCAACUUGGUCAAGGUUCACAUCUUCGGCAAGCCUGCGGUGGGAGAGCUCAAGCGACCGUGGAAGGCGUCAGGCGGCAUGAUGGGUAUGGGCCAAGGCGAGACAAAGAGCGACAAGGCCAGCAUCGAGGCUGCUGAGCGCGCCGGUCGAGGGGGAGCGAAGGAGGAAUAG